CAUAAAGAACCUUUCCAUUUGGCUCUGAGCACUGCUGAGCCUCAGUAAGGAGGAGCCAUGAAUCCUCCAACCUUUAAAGAUUUUUCCGAUCUGAAAGCCAACCCAGCCUUCCAUGUGCUUCCACGAGCUGAUGCCAUUCGCUCAAAGCUGAUCUACACUUUUUACCUCAUGGACCACUUGCGUGGGCUAAGCCAUGCUGUCCCGCGGCACAACAUACAGGAUUUCCUGGAUGAAAAGAAACAAAGGAAGUUGAUGCUCACAGACCACCACCAGCUGGUCCGCUUCAAUGUGGCACCCAUCCGGAACAUCAUGGUCACCCAAGAGAAACGCUGGCGCAAUCGUAUCCAGGUACGCUGCAAGCACUCGCCCCCUUUGACCAUGUGGGCAUCUUGGGUCUUGAACAGCAGCUUGUUCAAAGGCUUCAUCAUCUUCCUAAUCUGCAUGAACAUGGUAUGCCUCAUGAUAUUAUCGGAGAUACUGGAGAGGAAGGAUUGGCACUGGCUUACAGUGAAGACUGCCUUGGAGGUGGUUGUCUUGGUCAUUAUGCUCAUCUUUCUGAUUGAGAUUGGGUUGCACUGGAUGGUUAGCUUUCAGGAUUACUGGAAAAACCCCUGGAAUGUCUUUGACUUCACGGUCACCAUGAUAUCCAUUCUCCCUGAAUUAUUAUACAUCGCCUACAGUGCCAGGCACCAGAGGAUCAUAUUGGUCCUCCAGGUUUUCCGUGUUUUGCGCUGCUUAAAACUCUUCUCCAGGGUCCCACAAAUCCGGAUCCUCAUCAUGGCCAUUACCAAAGCAGUGAAGGCCAUGGCCUUUAUCAUAGUGCUCUUACUUUUCUUCUUUUAUGUCUUUGCUGUAUCAGGCAUUUUCUUCUUUGAGAGCUAUAGUCGCUCAGAUCGGAAGGACCUUGAAUACAACAUGUAUUUCAAAGACAUGCCCAAUGCUUUGGUGACCAUCUUCAUUCUCUUCACCAUGGACCAUUGGUACGCUCUGCUUCAGGACAUGUGGAAGCUUCCAGACACGAAUACAGUCAUCUGUGGCCUUUUCAUCACUGUGUGGCUUUUCCUUGGGGCUUUCAUCUUCAGGAACCUCAUUGUGGCCAUCAUGGUGACUAAUUUCCAGAACAUUCGUACUGAAUUGUAUGAGGAAGUGCAGCAGAUUGAAACUCAGGCACAAGCAGACCAAUUCAAAAUUGAGCUUAUGGAAGGGAGGUACAGCCAGACCCAUGGGCAGCAAGAUAUGCCUGUCAAAUCACAUGACCUAUUGGGAUCAGAGGCAGGCUCUGUUUUUCCAGGCACAGAAUACCCAGGUAUUGUCAUCCAAGACUUCCAACCACACGGCUUGGACUGGGAGACUUACAUCCACAAGAACCUGCCAACCCUUCAGCAGGCUGAUGAGGAUGAGCAAGUGGUAUGGCCUCGUGAUUCCCUUUUCCGUUACUUUGAGCUGCUGGAGAAGCUGCAGUACAAUCUGGAGGAACGCAAGCAACUGCAGCAUUAUGUUGCAUUAGCUCUGUCAAACCUUGAAGAUAAGUAGGGUGCAUUCCUGGAAGACCAUGUCUGUCCCAGGAGAGAAGUCAGCCCAGCCAAUGGCUGAGGAAGUGAAAUCCUUUACAACAUCCCUCCUGGCCCCACACCACUUGCUCAUCCUUGCUUGCUCCCCCACUCUCCUCCUUGUCCUUUCUCAGUCAAGCAUGGCCCCAAAAGAAGGCAAAAAGCUGCUACUAAACUGGACUUACUUUGAAAAAGAGGAACCAGAUGUGAAUAGACCACAUAGCACAAACAAGGCCACAGGAUGCUGUCUCAUUUGCUCCAGUUGAAGUCUUGAGGUAGCUGCGAUCACUUCCAUGAUAAUAGAAUGUUGGGGUUCCACAUCAUUUGCGCAUAUCUUCUGAACCCCUAUGAAGAUGAUGCACCACCAUGCACUUUGCAUAAACAUUCGCUUUUUGUGCUCUUCACAAACCACCUUCAGUGUUUGAUAGUGCUGGAGAGCCAACCUCCCUUCCUUAGGAAGAGAGUCUGAAUGCUACAUUUCCCUAUGACCACAUACUGGGCACAUUUAAAAUAUAUAUACACAUGGUUUUUAUUUGGCUUCAAAAUAAAAGUAAUAGGGGGGAAGUCUGUAAACACCCACUUCAAUCGAAAUCCAUAACAAAAACAACCUGCUUCACUGCACAUUAACGAAGGAUGUUGUGUUCAGCUAAUAAUCAAUAAAAGUUUUUCAUUUUUGAGAGAA